UCCCGAAUCGUUUCUGCGACCGUCCCGCGAGGCGACUGCCUAUCAUGAGAUUCCGAAUUUACAAGCGUAAGGUGGUAAUACUGACUCUAGUGGUGGUCAUCUGCGGGUUCGCCGUCUGGAAUAGCGGGAAACCCAAGAAGGCGAGCGCCGCCGCGUUUCCCAAAGAGACGGAAGCAGGCAAACGGAGCAGCGUUGGCGGUCAACUCCAAGUACAGGUCACGAUCCCGGUAACCCGUAAGCCCGUCAACGAAACGCUUCCGGAAAAACAGCAAUUACAAAUCCAGGCAGCUGCCAAAUCCGAAGUGGACAACGCAACUCUGGUGUACCGAGGAAUCGUCUUUCAGCUCAACUUCGACCAGACCCUAAGAAACGAGGAGAAAUUUCGCUCCCUGCGGCAGAAGGACGACUUGGUCGUCGUCGUCCAAGUUCACAACCGCCCCGAAUACCUGCGCCUGCUGGUGGACAGCUUGAGGAAAUCGAAAGGAAUCGAGAACGUCUUGCUGAUAUUCAGCCACGACUUCUGGUCGCCGGAAAUCAACCGGAUCGUGGCGUCCGUCGACUUCUGCUUGGUCCUUCAGAUAUUCUUCCCUUUCAGCAUCCAGCUCUACCCUCAAGAGUUCCCCGGGAACGACCCCAGGGACUGCCCUCGAGACAUUCCCAAGAAAGAUGCCUUAACCCUGGGCUGCUUAAACGCGGAGUACCCGGACUCCUUCGGACACUACCGGGAAGCCAAGUUCUCGCAGACCAAACACCAUUGGUGGUGGAAGCUGCACUUCGUUUGGGAUCGAGUCCGAGUCUUGAAGGAGCACCGAGGACUCUUAUUGCUCAUCGAGGAGGACCACUACCUCGCCCCCGAUUUCUACCAUCUCCUCAAACUCAUGGCCUCCCUCAAGAAAGAGCAGUGUCCCGACUGCGACAUCUUAUCCCUAGGGAGCUACGGACACGUCGGCUACUCCAGCAAAGCCAACAAAGUGGAGGUGAAGGCGUGGAAGUCCACCGAGCAUAACAUGGGAAUGGCGCUGAACCGAGACACCUACCAAAAACUCCUCAGAUGCACCGAUGCCUUCUGCACCUACGACGACUAUAACUGGGACUGGUCGUUGCAGCACCUUACCGUGACCUGUUUGCCCGCGUUCCUGAAGGUCAUGGUCAGCGAGGCGCCCCGCGUCUUCCACGCCGGCGACUGUGGCAUGCACCACAAGAAGUCGGCUUGCAUGCCGUCCAGCCAGAAGACGAAAAUUGAGAAUGUUCUCCAGAGCAGCGGGAACCAGUUGUUUCCCAAACAGCUGCUCAUUACAAAGAGACUCCCAGCUUCCGGAGCCAAGGGAGUGGCUCCUCACGUCAAAAACGGAGGCUGGGGAGACAUCAGGGACCAUGAACUCUGCAAGAGCUACCUUCGAUUGCAGUGACUUUGUAUUGUUUUUGUUGUUUGUUUGUUGUUGUUUUUUUUUGCAUCCUCUAAUGAAAGCCUUUAAAAGUUCUUAACGGACUAUUUCUUCCUAUUGCCUGUUUUAUUGAGAUAUUCCAAAUAAAAAAAGUAUGUGACGUUUGGAUUUGGUGGUUAUGAGCAUCAUUGAAGUAUUAUCACUGUUGUCAUAUUAUCUAUUAUUAAACAGCAUUUUUGUGCCAUUUCGGAGACGACGUUUGUAUGUAUGAUUUUACGAUCUGCAAAAGCAUGGUUUUUCUUAUAAUUAUGUGUAUAUUUGUGUAUGUAUAUCUACAAACAGUGUACUUUUGAUCAUAGUUCCACCUUCUGUUUAAGGUUAUGCUAAAACGACUGGGCUAUUUUUGAUAUGCAGAUUAACUAUUUUCUAUUUGCUUGAAUGUAACUGACCGUUUUCCAGGUGUAAGGUUCUGCUUCAUAUUGAACGUAUUCCAGUAUUAGAAUGGUUUUGAAGCUUUUGCAAGACAUUAAAAUUGCAUUGACUAUCUCGCAGUCCUCCUUAGCCCCUUAUAGAUGCUUUGUCCCAUUUUCACAAGUUUCGUAUCUCUUGGCCUCAAUCUUCACAGAUCUAACAAAGUGUGGGAAAAUAAAGCCUUUGGAGUUGG